GCAAAAUGUCAGAGCAAAGAGGGAACAUAGCACAAAUAGAACCAAAAAAAAGUCUACGUCUGUACCGUCGUCUCGCUUUUGUGACUAUAGAAAUUGCAUUAAUAGCAGCAUUAUUGAGUUAUAGGCAUAAUAUAACUAGCUUGGAGCAACUGAGUUGGGUACACGAAGAAAAAGUAAACGUUGAAAUGUCAGAAAAUACCACGCAAAUUAAUACCGAUUUAUCGGAGCUGUUAUAUAAAGAAGUACGUAUACUUUGUUGGGUUAUGACCACGCCGAAGAAUCACAGAACCAGGGCAAUACAUAUAAAGCGUACAUGGGGAAAACAUUGCAACCGGCUUCUGUUUGUCACCUCGGAAUAUGACAAAGAGUUAGGCGAGACUGUAGUUAUUAGCGAAGUGGAAGAUAAAUACGACGUCUUAUGGCCUAAAAUGAGAAUAGCAUUCGAGCGAAUAUACGAAAAUUACGCUAAUGAGACAGAUUGGUUCUUCAAGGCAGACGAUGAUGCUUAUGCCUUCAUUGAAAAUAUGCGCUAUUUUUUAUAUGCGUACAGCCCGGAAAUGCCGAUUUACUUUGGAUAUAAAUUAUUAUAUGGCGGGCGAAAGGACGAGGUUUAUAUGUCUGGUGGUAGCGGCUUUGUUUCAAGUCGGGAAGCCGUGCGACUUUUCGUCGAAUUGGCCAUUGUUAAUAAAAGUGGCUGCGAUAUUAAUAAUCACUAUAAUCCUGAUGAUGUCGCUAUAGGUGAAUGCUUUCGUGCUGUGGAUGUGAUUGCUGGCGAUUCGCGCGAUGUGCAUGGCGAAGCACGCUUUUAUUUAUUCGCGCCGUUUAUGGUACUUAUGCCUGAGGUGAUAAAUAAACCAUUUUGGUAUUUCAAUUAUAGCUUCUAUAAUCCACGUUCGUGCAAAGAUUGCCUUGCAAAAUAUCCAAUGGCCUUUCAUUAUAUGACUCCAGCAGACAUGUAUCUUUCUGAAUUUUUUGGCUAUGAAUUUUGGACGAUAGACUUACCGGAUGAACCGGAGGAGGUUUUACCUAAGAAACUAAGUUGGGAUGAAGUAGUCGUGCUGGAAACUGAUAAUAUUUGGAAUACUCCAUAAUUAAAUUGUAUAGUUGAACAAUCACAA